AUGGAGUCCGCGGCGCUGAUUCAAACGCGAUCGACAAACAGCCGGACUGUGUCCAAGAGCACGAAUGUGGGCAACCAGACAGUCAACAAGGCGUCGCGGGCAAAUGUGUCUGAAGAUGAGCCACCGACUUCUUUCGAAACGGCUGUGUCACAGACCAUUUUCGGCAACAGACAAACGGAACAUGCAGUAAUGGUGGCGGUCAUGCUCUUGAUUGGCAUUGCAGCCUUCGAACUUGUCCACUUGGAUUGCACCGGGGUGGACCUGACAUCUCCGUUUCAUUUGUUCGACGACGUUCAAAGGCAGCAGUCGCAAGCCAAAGAAGGACCUCUCAGAGGAGCCAUGCGCCUGUGGAAGUUGUAUCUAACCGAGCGGUGGAGGCUAAGUGCUGUUUGCAUCGGGCUGAUCAGCGCCAUGAUCCUGAUGCACCAAUAUGCAAACCUGUUGCUGGUGGACUGGGCAGACAAGUUCUGGGGAAAAUUGUCUGACUGGAACUCGGCCAAGGAUGGCAUGAUGCAUUGGUACCAGCUCCAAGCGCUUUGCGCACAGUUCCUGAUGUAUGCUCUCAUGGCACUCUUUGCGACGGCCUACCGCUACUACUUGACUUCCAUGUUCGUGUUGUUGGUGCGCGAGAACGUCACAGAGCGCUAUACCUCGAAUUGGCUGUCCGACUUCAGUUCCUACAGGCUGGAAUUGACGAAGGGACAAGAUGGUGCGGACGCUAGCAAUCCAGACCAGCGAAUCCAGGAGGAUGUGCAG